AUGCUAUUACAAAAUUUAAGAACUCUUAAAAAACAAGUAUCCUGUAAGCGAUAUAAUAAUAAUUUGUUCUAUUCGAAAAUCGGUCAUAAACAGUUCAUAACAUAUUAUACAAAAACUCAUGAAUACAUAAAUAUAAAUGAAGGAGAAAACUUAAAAGAAUUAAAAAAUAAAAAUAUAAAAUGUAAAAUAGGAAUAAGUAAUUAUGGAACUGAAAAGCUAGGAGAAAUAGUUUAUAUAGAUAUAAUAAAUAGCGUAAAUGAUUAUGUAAAAAAAGGAGAUUGCAUAGCAACAAUUGAAAGUGUUAAAAGUGUGGGGGAUGUAUAUACUCCCGUUAGUGGUAAAAUUGUCGAUAUAAAUAAAAAAAUAGUAGAUAACAUUAAUUUGAUGAAUGAAAACUCUGAAACGGAUGGAUGGAUUAUGGAAUUAUUAACAAAUGAUAUAAAUGAAAAUGAAAUAUUGAGCAUGUCUGAAUAUAAAAAAAUGUGCGACGAAGAAGAAGUAAAAGAAGAAAAAGAGAGACAACAAAAUGAAAUUAAUUGUAUGGAAGAAAAAAAUAAAAUGAAAAAUUUAGACGACAUUAAAAAUGUUGAAAAUAAGUAA